AUGCUUCAAACAGGGAAAGACCUCAGCGGCUACUGUCAAGGCUUGAUAAAGACUGGUCUCUCCCGUUUGCCGAAGGAAGUCCCCGAGAAUCACAACCUUCUCCCUCAUCAGGGUUCUAUUCAAGACCACAUCCGUCUUAUAGAGAUCAGCCAAGAAGUCAUGCGGAAAUUGAUCGAAGACAAGCGCAUUCAGGAUGCAGCUGCUCCAGUCCUCCUUCCCCCUGAUUUCAACAAAAGGAAUAUCUAUGUUUCACCGGAUGACCCAACCGUCAUUACUGGUAUUAUUGAUUGGCAGUCUGCAAGCAUUGAGCCCGCAUUUAUCUACGCCAAUGAUAUACCAGAUUUCGCUUCACUUCCUGAGGAGCCUGAGAAAGAAUUGGAGGAUGCGCAAGUCGAACCAAAGACCCCUAGCGACAAAGAACGCGAACGGAAAGAUGCAUUGAUCUGCCAUCAAACGUACGAUGUGUGCAUGAAAGGCCUUGCCCCAAAGCUGCGCCCUGCACGAUUGCUCGAUCAAACCCUUUUUCGACUUUUCCACUACUGCCAUACGACAUGGGGAGACAGCGCUCCAGCGGUCCGUCAAGAGUUGAUUGAGCUUUCCACUUGCUGGAAGGAAUUGGGAUUGCAAGGCUCCUGCCCGUUCUCGCCCACUGACGAAGAAUUGGAGAGACAUGCCCGAGAUUAUGAUGACUUUGAGGCCGUCCAAAGGCUCAAAUUGUUGCUAAAACACGCUCUUAACACGAACUCCGAUGGGUGGGUCCCAAAUGAGGAAUGGGAAGCGGCGAAGGAAGUCCAUCGUGAGUUAUACGAUCAAUGGAUAGAAACGGCCAGGGAGGUCCAGUCCAGUGGAGAGGAUCUCACAGUCGACAAGGCGGACAAAAUGUGGCCAUUCAAUGCCAGAUGA